UUCCCCAAAUUCUCAAAUCACUUCACCCCACCUAUACCACACCAAAAAGAUUCAUCUUUUUAUUGAAAAACUUUAAAGGGUUUAUUUUUCUGCACAAUUUACACAUUAUCCCCCAAUAAAGUUUCGAUCUUUUUCCUCUCUAGGGUUUUAUCGACACGUUUGCAUUCACAAUUUGAGAUCCAAUUCAAUUCGAUUCCUUCUCAUUAGGGUUCUUUCCAUUUUCCCCCAAUUCUUUGUUUCUGGGUCUUAAUUUGUAUCUCUAGUUCUAUGCAUGAGGUUGUUUCUUGAGCUUAAUUUGAGCUGAAAUAAAGAAAGUUGUUUGAUCUGUAAGUGGGAUGGAUGGGGCUGGAAAAGGUUUGACACCUGCAAGAUUUGUGUGGCCUUAUGGGGGAAGAAGUGUGUAUUUAAGUGGCUCUUUUACAGGGUGGUCUGAGCAUUGGCCGAUGACGCCGGUUGAGGGAUGCCCGACUGUGUUUCAGACUAUAUGCAGCUUGCCACCUGGCUACCAUCAGUAUAAAUUUAUCGUCGAUGGUGAAUGGCGACACGAUGAGCACCAACCUUUUGUAACUGGUAAUUACGGUAUCGUAAACACCGUACUCUUAAACCGGGAGCCGGACUAUAACUCCGCAGUCUUGAGUCCACAUGCGACUUCCGGUUCAAGCAUGGAUGUUGACAACGAGACGUUUCAGCGAGUGGUAAGAGUUUCCGAUAGCACAUUACAUGAGUCGUUGCCGAAGAUAUCAGAAACCGACCUCGAGGCAUCCCGUCAACGGAUUUCUUCGUUUUUGUCGACGCAUAUGGCGUAUGAGCUGCUUCCUGAGUCUGGCAAGGUUAUUGCCUUAGAUGUUGAUUUACCUGUAAAGCAAGCGUUUCAUAUCCUUUAUGAGCAGGGAAUUUCUACGGCUCCUCUUUGGGACUUCAGCAAGGGUCAGUUUGUUGGUGUUUUAAGUGCAUUGGAUUUUAUUUUAAUAAUGCGGGAGCUUGGUAAGCACGGGUCCAAUCUGACCGAAGAAGAACUCGAGACCACUACUAUAUCCGCUUGGAAACAGGCAAAACCGUAUCUGACUAAUCAAACUAUGGAACAUGGUAAAAUACUAUCGAAACGACUCGUGCAGGCUGGGCCUGAUGAAAACUUGAAAAACGUCACGUUAAAGAUACUGCAGAAUCGAGUAGCUACGGUUCCAAUCACUCAUUCAAGUUCAGAUGAUGGUUCAUAUCCACAACUAUUAUAUCUUGCUUCACUUUCUGAAGUACUAAAACUUGUUUGCAGAUACUUUAGACAUUCAGCAAGUUCAUUGCCCAUAUUGCAACUGCCGGUUUGUUCCCUUCCGUUUGGUACAUGGGUGCCGAAAAUCGGUGAACCGAAUCGACAACCGUUGGCAAUAUUAAAACCAAACUCUUCACUUAGCGCAGCCCUAAAUUUGCUUGUGCAAGCUGAAGUUAGCUCAAUUCCAAUUGUCGAUGACAACGACUCAUUAUUGGAUGUAUACUCUCGAAGUGAUAUAACUGCUUUGGCAAAAGACAAAAUCUACACACACAUUAACCUUGAAGAAAUGACUAUUCAUCAGGCUUUGCAGCUGGGACAAGAACCGUAUGCUUAUGGGGCAACCGGACAAAGAUGCCACAUGUGCCUACGCUCCGAUUCUCUGCAUAAAGUCAUGGAAAGAUUGGCAAAACCAGGGGUAAGACGAGUUGUGAUCGUGGAGGCUGGAAGCAAGCGGGUUGAAGGUAUAAUUUCUCUAGGUGACAUAUUCAGGUUCCUGCUUAGCUAAUCGAUCCACGAUUCUUUACAAUUCUUUCAAGCUUACAAUUGCAAAUUUCGCCUUACGUUGUGACAAAGUCUCCCGAGAGCAAAAGGCAUGUAAAUCCCAAUUGUAUUUUGUUUGUUCAUCACCAUUACUCGACGACUUGCCUUUGUGUACUCUACUAGUUUUGCCUCUUUGUAGAAUGCAGUUUGACUGGCAACUAUGGUUUUUUUUUUUUUUUACAGACAACUGGAAAAUAUAACUUAUGAAAUGGUGGUUUGUGUUGAGUUUGUUC